GAAGGCCCGAAGGGCCACAUAUUCUACAUUAAAACGGUUUUAUUUGUUAAGAUAAAUGUUUGCAUGAUCAAGUAGGUGUGUCAAGAAUAUUGAAAUUUUGAACUUUAUUCAGUAUUGGUAAUUUAUUCGUUAACUAAGAAUUCUAAAUUAGUUAGUUGGGUCGAUGAAAGUUUGAAGAAUUUUUAUAUAAAAGCUAGCUUAUUCUAUCAUCUAGUUUAAAAGGUAAUCACUCUUUGCUGAAACCAGUCAAGUUAUUCACCAUGAAACUAUUGCCAAUUGUUGUGUUAAUUUUGGUUGCGAUGGUCCUCAGUUCAUCCGCUGAAAAGAGGAAAGGUAGUAAGUUGGAAAAUUCCAAUCGGAAUCGCGAAAAGGACAAUGCAAUAAGGAUGUGGUUCAAUAAACAACAAUCAUCAUCAAAGCCAACAAUUUUGGUGGUGAGCGGAGGCGGGGCCGGAAUGAUGACUAGUGGUACAGGAGGUAAUAGUGGAACUAGUGGCACUGGAGGUAAUAGUGGAACUAGUGGAACUUUCGGUUCUGGCAGAUAUCGUGAGGAAUAUGAAGACGAAGAUGAUGAAAUUGAUCAAUUUGAUGAUGAAGAUGAAAUUUUGCUUGGAAACAAGAAACAAAAAAAUGUAUUGAAACUUAAAAAGAUCAAUGGAAAGAAUCAAGGUUAUAAGUUAAUUAUUCCUUCCAUGUAUUUGCGUAAUAGUGAAAAAAAUACACAAGCAAGAAAAUCUGGAGCAAUGAAAAAACGUCGCCAAUAAGUCAAAAUAUAACUUGGACUUAAUGUUAACUAUGAAUU